AUGCUGCCGCUCGCCUCCUCACCAUCCCGGAAGUCCCCCUCAGCCCUGAAAGCCAUUGAUCUGGUUACCAAAGCAACAGAGGAAGACAAAGCAAAGAACUAUAAGGAGGCCCUGCGGUUGUACCAGCACUCUGUGGAGUAUUUCCUACAUGCCAUAAAAUAUGAGGCCCACAGUGACAAGGCAAAGGAAAGCAUACGAACCAAGUGUAUGCAAUACCUAGACCGUGCCGAGAAGCUCAAAGACUAUCUGAAGAACAAGGACAAACAAGGGAAGAAGCCAGUGAAGGAGGCCCAGAGUCACGACAAGAGCGACAGUGACAGUGAUGGAGAAAACCCAGAGAAGAAGAAGCUCCAGGAGCAGCUCAUGGGUGCCAUCAUUAUGGAGAAACCCAACGUACGGUGGAACGAUGUAGCUGGACUGGAGGGAGCGAAAGAGGCUCUGAAGGAAGCCGUCAUUCUGCCUAUCAAAUUUCCUCAUCUGUUCACCGAGUCGAACCUUAUUCUUCAAGCAACUAUGGAGAAGAUACAAUUACUGCGUGACCAGUUGAGUGCAGCUUUAUGGCAGCUGGAGCGAGACCUUCUCAUCGAUGUGUGUGGGCGACUGAAAUGUUACGGCCUCAGCAGCGGAGAACCUCCCAGAGAGACAAAAAGGGCACUCAUCAAGAUGGCAGAGGACGUUUUUGAUGAAGUCGAGAAAAAGGAUAAAGAUGAUGAGAGCACACCUCUGGCCCCCACCCCCGGCGAGUUCAAAGGGGGCCAUGGGCCGCGUCUUGGAGCGCGGCCCACUCCCCUGCGCGAUCCAGGGGCCCACAACUUCAACCCAGGCGCAGGUUGGAGCUCGCUGCCCGGACAGCUGCCCGAUCCUUUUCCCUAUCGAGCUGAACUCGACUUGCCUGUCCCGCAGCGGCGCAACUGCGCUCCAACUCCCACCAAAAAGGAGCACCGUGGACCAUCGCGCCUCAAGCCACCUCUGGGCUUCCCGGGACCGAUCCCCGCUCCCUGCUCCCGUGUGUGGGAAAGACUGGAGUGUGUGCGUGCCCGCUUUCCGUGCGUGAGGAAGACUGAAGUGAUUGACCGCCUGACCCAAACGGGUAGAAAGCCUCUUCACCUCUGGGACUUGGCAGUAACAAAAACACCAACAGCGACACCUGCUACAGCCAAGAGGAAGUCCCGACCCCCACGGCGAGAGCAGCAGCCGCCCGAGUCUGGAGACACAUCCGACGACAACGAUUGCUGUGGAACUUACCAGUGGCACCUCCGACCCGGUCCGGGAAGAUGGCAGCAGCAGCAGGCUCCACUCAACCCACUGGCGGUGUCCUUCCAGCCUCAUCAGGACCCAGCGCAACCAGAAGAGGAUUUGCCACUACAGAGCGAAGAGGAUUUGCCACUACAGAGCAAAGAGAACGUUCCAGUGCAAUCCCUUGACUGGCCAGGGCGUGGUGAGUCCCCGACAGACAACGCUGCUGUCAGUGGAGGUAUGACUGAGACACAGCGACCUCAACGACAGCGGCAGCCGCCAAAGGUACUGAGUUACAACACGCUAGGCCAGCGCCGACUCUAG